CGAUAACGACUACUAAGAGAUGCCUUGCCGUUUCUCAGAAAAAUAUAAAGAAAAACUCCAUAAUUGGUUUUUCAGUGAAUAAUACAGGAAAAGACAAGUAGUUGGCACUUGGGUUAUACCGGAAUCUCCAGCUGAAAGGGCCGGUGUUGUGAUAUUAUCUGUCUUUGACUUGUUGUCUUUGUUCUGGUGACAAAUUUAACAAUUAUAUUAACGAGCCUUGAGUAAUUAAGAUUCCAGUUUAUUACUUCUAGCAAUUAUUUGCAACAUCGACAGAGGUGGAACCAUGGCGGAAGAAAACCUGGUUUGUGGAGACCAGAGAUGGUCACUUAAGGGGAUGACCGCUCUGGUCACUGGUGGAACCAAAGGCAUUGGCUAUGCCAUUGUUGAAGAACUAGCAAAAUUUGGAGCAAUAGUGCAUACAUGUUCUCGUAACCAGAAAGAGAUCAAUGAAAGGAUACAGGAAUGGGAAAGCAAGGGGUUUAAAGUAAGUGGCUCUGUAUGUGACCUGACAUCUAAAGCCGAGAGAGAGAAGCUGAUUGCCACUGUAUCUUCUGCUUUCGAUGGCAAGCUUAAUAUUCUUGUGAAUAACGCAGCACUAGUUUUAAUGAAAACAGUAACAGAACAUACUACUGAAGACUGCUCUAUGGUAAUGAACGCCAACUUUGAGUCUCCUUACCAUCUUUGUCAACUUGCAUAUCCUCUUUUGAAAGAGUCGGAAAACGGGAAUGUUGUAUUUAUCUCCUCAGUCGCUGGCACGGUGGCUCUACCACUGAUACCAUUAUCCGCAUAUGCAGCAUCCAAAGGAGCAAUCAACCAAUUAACUAAGAACCUGGCAUGUGAAUGGGCUAAGGACAACAUUCGCACAAACGCCGUUUCACCAUGGGCUAUCAGAACUAAACAAGAUAUGGAGCAGCUUGCUUCUGAGGAAUAUAAGUGUGUAAUAGCUCAUACACCAAUGGCACGGCUAGGUGAACCUAAUGAGAUUUCGUCUCUGGUGUCAUUUCUCUGCAUGCCUGCCGCUUCAUACAUCACAGGACAGGUUAUUGUGGUGGAUGGGGGGUAUACAGCAGGCGGUCGUUGACAAACAACUCUUCCAAGCUCAUCAGAAAUUUCUGUCAGUAAUUGUUCAAUUAGGAUUCAAAGUCUCGGACGGCUGAAGAAAUCUGUGUAAUGGGUUGUUCAUAUGUUGGAAUUUGUAAGCUAAUAUUCAUGUCACCAAUUGCAGUUCAGAAAAUCAGAACAAUUAUGUUUGAGUUAUGAGUACGAACCCAUGUUUAUCAAUA